GCUUGUCGGGAGAGCCAUGGCCAGUAAGUGGGGCGGCCGCGCGCUGCAGCUCGAGCUCGGGCCGGAGGGGAGGCUUUGGAGCGGCGCCGGCGGUGGCUUGGCCGGCUCAGCCCCCUCGCCCCGCGUCCCUGCCGUGCGCGGCCCUCCCUGAUGCGGGCGUCCGCGUGGGUCCGGGAUCGCGUGGCGGGGCGGCCGGGCGCACUCCCGGGAUUCCAGGCUUCCGGGGUGGCGGGCGAGGCCCCGAAAGCACCAGGCCGCCCAGGCCGCGCCGGCACCCGCCGCGUCCUGCUUGAGAGAGGCUGAUGGACGUGUAUUUCUCCACGGUGUGGGCCGCGGUGCUUUCCGCAUGGCCCUCAUCCAGCUUCAAAUUUCUUCCGUCAAAUCAGAUAACGUCACUCGAGCUUGUAGCUUUAUCCGGGAGGCAGCAACGCAAGGAGCCAAAAUAGUUUCUUUGCCGGAAUGCUUUAAUUCUCCAUAUGGAACGAAAUAUUUUCCUGAAUAUGCAGAGAAAAUUCCUGGUGAAUCCACACAGAAGCUUUCUGAAGUAGCAAAGGAAUGCAGCAUAUAUCUCAUUGGAGGCUCUAUCCCUGAAGAGGAUGCUGGGAAAUUAUAUAACACCUGUGCUGUGUUUGGGCCUGAUGGAACUUUACUAGCAAAGUACAGAAAGAUCCAUCUGUUUGACAUUGAUGUUCCUGGAAAAAUUACAUUUCAAGAAUCUGAAACGUUGAGUGCGGGUGAUAGUUUCUCCACAUUUGAUACUCCUUACUGCAGAGUGGGUCUGGGCAUCUGCUACGACAUGCGGUUUGCAGAGCUUGCACAAAUCUACGCACAGAGAGGCUGCCAGCUGUUGGUAUAUCCAGGAGCUUUUAAUCUGACCACUGGACCAGCCCACUGGGAGUUGCUUCAGCGAAGCCGGGCUGUUGAUAAUCAGGUGUAUGUGGCCACAGCCUCUCCUGCCCGGGAUGACAAAGCCUCCUAUGUUGCCUGGGGACACAGCACCGUGGUGAACCCUUGGGGGGAGGUCCUAGCCAAAGCUGGCACAGAAGAAGCAAUCGUGUAUUCAGACGUAGACCUGAAGAAGCUGGCUGAAAUACGCCAGCAAAUCCCCGUUUUUAGACAGAAGCGAUCAGACCUCUAUGCUGUGGAGAUGAAAAAGCCCUAAAGUUUAUGUUUCUAAUGUGUCACAGAACAGGAAGAUACGAUUCUACAACAUAAUCAACUCCCUAUUAAAUUCUUUCAUGAAGUUGUUUUUUUU